AUGGAAAAUGGAUUACCCUUACUUCAUUCUCUCUUGCAACAUACUCUAAGAACCACAUGCUCACUUCCUACUUCUUCAUCUUCUUCCAAAUGGGUCUAUGCUGUUUUUUGGAGAGUAGUACCAAGAAACUUUCCUCCACCAAGGUGGGAAUUUGGAGGGACUUCUCUUGAUCGUUCCAAGGGAAAUAAAAGAAAUUGGAUUAUUGUAUGGGAAGAUGGAUUCUGUGAUUUUAAUGAAUGUGAGCAAAGGAAAAAUGGUUACAUGAAUGAAAGAUUUGGAGCUGAUGUAUUCUUCAAAAUGUCUCAUGAAGUUUAUAGUUAUGGAGAAGGAUUAGUGGGGAAAGUUGCAGCAGAUAAUGGUCACAAAUGGAUUUAUAGUGACACUCAAAAUGGAUGUGAAUCUAACUAUACUGGUCCAUGGAAUGCUUCAAUUGAUCAUCAUCAACCAAAGGCAUGGGGGUUUCAGUUAAAUUCAGGCAUUCAGACUAUUGCUCUCAUUGCUGUCAGAGAAGGUUUAGUACAACUUGGUUCAUUUAACAAGAUUGCAGAAGAUGUUGAUAUAGUGCUCAACAUACAAAGGAAAUUCAGCUACCUCCAAACAAUACCACCAGGACUAUUUUCAAUUCAAAGACCACCAUACACACCCUUUCAACAUCCAUACAUUACAAAACCCAAUUUCCAAAUCAUUGAAAACAAUGAAAUUUCUAAGAACCAUGUAAUCAAACUCAACAACUUACAUGAAGAAAGAUCCAACUAUUUAUCCAUGCUAUCCAUAAACUUAGGUAGAAAUCUUCUUCCACAAAAUGGAACAUCCAUUCCAUCUCUUUGGUCACCUCAACCUUCUUUGCCUAACAAUCACAAAGUGAAGAUUGAAGAAGGAUCAUUUCAUAUUGAUGAUUAUGCUCCUAACUCCUAA